AUGCAUCGAGCUCCUCGCCGCUGGUCCUCGCCUCUCGUGAGUUGCUGCCUCACCCAAGUCGCUGUUGGCAGAGGCUCCAGCUGGUCUGCAGCUGUUUGCCACCUCAAGGUCAUGCCUCUGUUGGGUCGUAUCGUGCCACGAAAGCCGCGGAAGGCGCCAAGCCUUGUCUUGAAGGUGCCUUCACGUCCCUGCACCAGGCCUUCGAAGAGGAGCUGCGCUUUCCUUCGCCAAGAUGGGCCUUCAUUACUUCGCACGCUGCCCCGCACGGUAGGUCUGGCCCUUGCAAGCGUGGCCAGCAGUAGGACACGGCCGGCGCCGCCGCCGUCAAAGUAUUUCCUUCCUUUCCUCAAGAGAGAUCAGAAGACUACAGUCAAACGCUUGCACAUCGCGGACAACUGCCACGAUGUGCGCCAUUUGCUCGAUGCGAUGCUGGCGGGCUCUCGUCCCAGCUUCAUUCCGGCUUCGGGGCAGGCCCCUAGCAGAGAACAGGUGUCGAAGUUCCGCUGUCAGAGGUUUGGAAGCUGUCCGAUGACGGCCCGUCGAAUCUCCAAGGUGUCUCCUCCAGGCUAG